GUUUUCUCUCAUGGGACGUCGGUGAUUGUCACGUCGAUUUGGAAGAGGAAUUGAAUACGAUCACGCAACACGCACCCGAAGGAGAGGAAGCUCGUCACGGCGAACGACUCAUUCAGUAUGCUAGUGAGAAUCUAGUCACUGAAGUGCUUAUACACCCUCAGUACAAUACACUCAUACAAUGUAUGCGUAAUCUACUGAGUAGUUUUACACGACAUCGUCACAUUAUACACGCUGGCUAUACGUUCUCUGGCAAUGGUUCCUGGAUCUUACAGGAUGGAACCUUCUCCGUCUCCGACUUCUCGGAGGCGUUUCAGGAACACGAUGUACAGCGUGUCAUACGGGCCUACGCCGACACAAUUACAAUGAAUAUACACUGCGCCGAUGCCGGUCACUGGUACAGCUUGCCACACAAAAGUUUUGCACGCCUCUGCAAAAUACGUAUCAAUCCCGUUGAUGUAUUGGACACCAGCAGUGAGGGCAUAAAUUCCUUUAUUGACUAUCUAGCACCAAUGCUCGUGCCUACAUCGCUGCGCGAGCUGCUUGAGACCUCGGAUGUUGUGGGUAAUAUACGCUUCACACAUCCAACACUGUAUGUCUUCCCCGGUGGACAGGGCGAUGCUGCUCUCUUCGGCAUCAAUGGUUUUAAUAUGUUGGUCGAUGGCGGGUUUAAUCGCAAAUCUUGCUUCUGGGACUUCGUACGACACCUAGACCGCUUGGAUGCCGUCCUCAUGACACGCCUUAACAAUAGCAACAUGCAGGGUAUCAGUUCUGUAGUGUCACGAAAGCGUGAUGCUCACGUUUAUCCACAAAUCGGACACUUCUUCGGAAAUGUGCCCGAUCGUAAGGGUGGUUUGCCCAGUCCCGAUGGCGAUAAAGAUCGUGAUCCCUUGCUUGUUGAUCUUUUCGAACAUGGCCACAAUUUGGUAAGCGAUCUAAAAUCCCUGGACUUGAAACCACAAAACUGUUAUCGCAACCAAGAGCCAAUCAAUCUGUAUCACAAAGUUGGACACGGCACACUGGAUAUGUAUGUGAUUAGUCCUGCGCGUGACUCUAAAGAAGUGAAAGAGUUCUUAUCGAAGUGGCAUUCUGGCGAUCAGCGUCUCUUUGCCGCGCGCGAUACACGCGAAUUCAAUUUCCCGUUACAAAACUUGGUUUCGAUCUGCGCACUACUGGUAUGGCAACCAGCCAAUCCAGACGAUACCAUUACACGUAUACUCUUCCCCGGAAGCACACCUGACUUUAAAAUACAAGAGGGCUUGGAAAAACUUAAACAUCUGGAAUUCAUGAAGCACUCUACCUGCACUGCCAAAUCGAUUGCACCAGCUAUACAAACAGUGGUGACUACACGCAAAACAUUUAAAUCCGCCAUCGGUGCGCCUAUUGAGCCACUGAGCAUAUCGUCCAAACCUAAAUUUGCACCAGUUGCUGCCGCCGCUAUUGCUGUACAGCAAGACAACAAAACUAAAGAGGCCGCAGCUGCAGCCGCCGCCGCUGCACAGGUCAUCGAAGAGACUAAAGUUGAGAAAGUAGAGACCGAGAAAAUUGUAUUGCCCAAGAAAGAAGACUCAGUGGACACUGAUGAGCCUGCCGCCGAGACUGGCGAUGAGGCAGUGCCAGAACCAGAACCAGUUGUGCAGGUAGAGAGCAAGGAGGACAAACCAGAUGGCGAAACGGCAGAUGAGGAUAAUAAAGAGAAAGAGGCCGAAACUGAGAAGAAGAUUGAGGUGGUAAUCGUUAAGCCGCAGCCACAAGCUUCACCACAGAAGGAAGAAACGCCUACACCCGAAGUAAUUAAACCAAGCAGGGUUACCAAAAGCAAGGGAGACAAACCACGCGCUGAAGUCAAACCUGUGGUGCGUUCACGCAUUGAUACCAAACCACCCAAAUCAAUGGAGCGGAAGGGUGUUAGGAAGGACUUGGCUGCUGAGAAGAAGGGCUCACCAACUGCUACGCCACGUAAAGAGCCUGUAGCACCCAAACCGACAGCACCACGUGAUGUAAAACCACGCGUUAUUACACGUGCCACCAAAUCCAGCCCCAGCAGCACGCCAGCCAAGAGCGCAAAAGACGCUAAUAAUCGCAAGGUGCUCGAAUCGAAGCAGCAAGCGACACGACAAGUUACCAGCACUUCCACUACUACGACCACACGUCGUGAAAUGACGCGCACUACUGCAGCGGAGCGCAAAGAAUCACGCACACAACAACAGCAAACUCAACAGCGCAAACCGAUUUCACGGCGUCCACGCGGCGCUUCGCCAACGAAACGUGCACCCGGCAGUCCAAUCAAGUCAGCUAAACCCAAAGCGGAUUUAAAGAAAUCACGCCUGGAUAAGGGUGGCACCACAGAUUCCAGUCUGGUGUCUACACCAUCGGCAGAUGAGGCAGUUGCUGCUAAAAAACUACAAGAUCUGACCGCGUCACAAGAGUUGGAUGCUGAAAAGCAACGUGAACUCGACGACCUUAAAGAAGAACAAGAGGUUGUACGGGAGAUAGAAGCAGUAUUUAGCCGUGAUGAAAUGAAACGACAAAAGCAAUUAGCAGCUGAAAUGCGUGAAAUGUCUAAACAGGAUAGCACUACUGAGGCAGAAGAAGAGGAGGAGUAUUUGAUAAUUGAAAAGGAAGAGAUCGAUCAGUAUACCGAGGAUUCAAUUGUGGAGCAAGAAAGCAGCAUGACGAAAGAAGAGGAAAUUCAAAAACAUCAACGCGAUUCACAAGAGUCGGAAAAGAAACGAAAAAAGAGCGCCGAAGAAGAAAUUGAAGCCGCUAUUGCUAAAGCAGAAGCCGAAGAACGUAAAGCUCGGCUUGAGGAUGCAGCUGCCGACGAAGCACCUGAAACGGUGGAAGCUGCAAUAGAGGCAGGUGAGGAACAAGUUGAAGAACCCGCACCUAAAAUAACUACGCCAGAGAAGUCGGAAAUUAAAGCCGAGGUUCAAGAAAUAAUUACGACAGCCAAGGAUAUAGUCACAACGCGUACUGAAGAGCAAAUAACUAAGGCCGAAGAAGAACUGUCCUCACCCACGCCUGAGGACAAAAUAAGCAGUACCAAGAAAACUUCCGACACCAAAGAUGAGCUUAUCGAACAACCUGAAAUUAUGCCUGCCAAUUUACAAGAAAGUCUACCAGAAGAGAAGUUCUCGGCUACAAUCGAGUCUGGCGCUACUACAGCGCCAACGCUGCCCGAGGACGAACGCAUACCUCUCGAUGAAAUCAAGGAAGAUUUGAUAAUUGAAGAGAAAUACGUUAAAGAAGAAACCAAAGAAACUGACCAGGCAGCUGGAUAUGAAGUAGCAGAUGUUAAACCAACUGAACCUGCCGUAACUGCCGCUGGCAUUGUCAUUGAGAAGAUAGCCGAGCCCGUGAUUGCCGGUUUAGCUACCGCAGAACGUGUACUGCCAAUGAAGAUGACUUUCGAGGCACAACAAAAUCUACUGCGCGAUGUAGUUAAAACUCCAGAUGAAGUAGCUGAUCUGCCUGUGCAUGAAGAAGCCGACUUGGGCGUCUACGAAAAGGAUACACAAGAAAGCGGUAAAGUCAUUUCGCAUAAAGAAGAAAUUACAAAGGAAGAAAAGGAAACUGAAGAAAAAGAUAUUUGCGAAGGAAAAGAAGCUGAAGUUGAAGAGGAAGCAGAGACAGCAGAUGAGUUAGAAGAUAAGGCUGAUGAUGAGAAGGUCAAAGAGAAGACUGUUUCCCCAGUUGCAGAAAAACCAGUGCCAGCAACAAAUGAAAAAGCUGUGUCUCCAGCUGCAAAGAUGCCAUCAUCACCUAUAGAGAAGGCAAUAUCUCCUCUCGAAAUAGCACCAACUCUCAUCGAGAAAACCGCUUCUCCUGAUAAGAAGCCAAGUUAUCCUUUGGAUAAAUCUCCUACCGAAAAAGAAGAAAUAUUAUCCGAAAAAGUAUCCUCACCCGCUGAGAAGCAAGAAUCCCCUGUCAAGCAGCAACCUUCAACUGCUUUAAGGCCAACAUCUCCCAUUGAAAAAGAGAAGAAAGCAAAAGAGGAGAUUUCAACCGAAAAACUUCCUACUCCAACCGAAAAAUCGGUUUCUCCAACAGAAAAAGAGGCUCCGCAGGAUGAAAAAGUACCUUCCCCUGCUGAGAAGCCUGCAUCUCCUGUUGAUAAAGCAGCGAUGAAAGCUGAUGAUAUUUUGACCAAGGAGGCUCCUUCAGAACAGGAGGCCCCAGCAGUUGAGAAAGUUCCUUCGCCUGCAGAUAUUCCAACUGAAAAGGAGAAAGCGCCAUCAGCUGCGGAGAACCUUGCAUCACCUGCUGAAAAGCCUACAUCACCUAUUGAGAAGGAACCGAUUAAAACAGAUGAUAUUAUAACUGAGAAGACACCUUCACCAGCUGAAAAAUCUGCCUCUCCAAUUGAAACUGCAGAAGUGGAGAAAGUACCGUCACCUAUUGCAGCUUCUCCAACAAAAAAGGAGGCUUCACAAGUUUCGAAAGUAUCUUCUGCCUCCGAGAAGCCUGCAUCUCCUACUUCUCCAACAGAAAAGGAGGCUCCACAAGUUUCAAAAGUAUCUUCCCCUGAUGAGAAACCUACAUCUCCUGUUGAGAAGGAAGCAUUAAAAGCAGAGGACAUUUUAACUGAAAAGGUUCGAUCACCAUCAGAAAAAUCUGAGAAAAUGACAUCACCUGCCGAGAAGCCUGCAUCUCCUGAAGAAAAGGAGAUCCUAAAUGCUGAGAUUUUAACGGAGAAGGUAGAAAAAUUCAUCUCUCCAAUAAAAAUGGAAGUAGAGAAAGCACCUUCUUCAGCUGACAAACCUGCAUCUUCUGCUGAAAAGAAAGAAUUACCUGCAAAGAAAGAGGAUAUUUUAGCCUCAGAAGAUCUUCCAGUUGCAGCGGAGAUCACAACUGCUGAGAAAGUCUCCACAUUGAAAAAAGCAGAAGGAGCUUUAACCGAUAAGAUGAUCGAGAAACCAAAAUCACCUAUAGAAUUCGAAGUACAAACGAAAGAUAUUUUGGCCGCUGAUGCAGAAAAACCAGCAACGUCAUUGGAAAAAGAAAUAGCUGAAUCUCUUAAAGCGACCUCACCUAUAAGUAUAUUCGCUGAGAAAUCAGUUUCUGAUGAAAAGCCCUCGUCUCCUAAAGAUAAAGUAUCAUCCCCUGUUGACAAAGCAACAACAGAAGAAUCUAAGAAAUCCACAAGUACACCUGAAGAAAAGGAUGGUAGUGAAAUUACAUCGGAGGACGAGCUUCCUGCACUAGUACUUGCAGAUAUUGAUACAACUAAGCCAAAAGAUAAGGACGACACAGUUUCAAUAGGAAGUCCAGCCACCAUCGAAGAAGCUAUCGAAGUUGAAAUGCAGAAGUCCUUACAAGCCAGUAGAAAAACAUCUCAGGAAAUAAAAGAAAGUGAUUUCAAGGUAGGAUCUCGUAAAACAUCCAUAAUGUUAGAUGAAAAGGAAGAGAAGGAAGAAAAAGUCGAACUUUCUCCAAAAGAAAAGUCUGCUGCCGAGGGUAUCAAAGACGAGAUAUCACCUCCCGUCUCCAAAGAAGCCUCACUGCUAGUGUCAACUGUCGAUAGUAUUAAAGAUGACAAGUCUCCCUCUGCCUCUAAAGAAGAAUCUCGCCCACCUUCUGUUGCAGAAAGUAUUUACAGUGAAGCUGAAAAAUUCGAAGCAGAAACUGUUUCUUCUCCGGUUGAUAAGGCACCAAGAAAAAUUGAUACUACUGCACUUACUUUGGACUUAGACGUUUCAAAGCGUGAUACAAAACUGCCAACAUCUUCAAGUCCUGUUGAUGUGGCGGAAGGCGAGUGCUCGGAAGUUAAGGGCGCAUUUGAAACUCAGAAAGUACCUGCUGAAAGCACUACUGUUAGUGGUGCGGAGACCGUUUCCAGUCCUAUAGAUGAGGCAAAAGAUCUAGUCACGGAGGCUGCUAUUGCUUCGCGUCCAGAGAGUCCAGAAGAUGAAAAAUCACCAGUAAUUUCAAAAGAACCAUCCCGAAGAACAUCAGAAAGUGAAGACAAAUCACCAAUCGCUUUCAAAGUAGAUACUGCUGCGGGAGGCCACAUAGACCAAAAGUCACAUGAAGUUCCGACAGAAACUACGCAACCCACUUCCAUAGCCGAAAGUGUCAAAGAAGAAAAAUCGCCUCUUGAUUCAAAAGAAGUAUCACAGCCAGAAUCAACUAAAGAAAGCAUAAAAGAUGAAAAAUCCCCAACCACAUCUAAAGAAGUAUCUCGUACCGGGUCUGUUGCAGAGAUCACACAGGAAGACAAGGAUCAAGUUAUUGAAUCAGAAACCGUUUCAUCACCAGUGGAUAAGGCCUCCACGAACUUAGAUCUAACUGAAUUGGCACUUGAUUUAGAUAAAGUAAAAUCUAGCACUAACCUUCCAACAUCUUCAAGUCCUGUAGAUGUUGCCUAUGGUGACUUCCCAGAAGUAAAGGAAGCAACUAUAGAACAUAAAAAGGCUCCCGCAGAAGAAACCACUGUAGCAAGUGCGGAAACAAUAUCCACUCCAGUUGAUGAAGCAAAGGAGUUAAUUGUCAUCUCUGCAGACGAGGUAGAACGCCCCGAAAGUCCUGAAGGUGCUUCUCCCAAAAUUUCGAAGGAAAGCUCUAGACGACCCUCUGUAGGAGACAAAGUUGAAAAGUCGCCAGUAGCUUCGAAGCCGCCAUCAGCCACAGAGAGUAUGAGGGAUGAAAAAUCAGCUCCGGCUUCUGCAGAGGCCUCGCGACCAGAAUCCGUUGCUGAAAGUAUAAAGGAAGAAAAGUCUCCACUCGCAUCAAAGCCUGCUUCGGCAGUAGAGAGUGUGAAGGAUGAAAAAUCCGCUGCUCCUUCUGAAGAGGCCUCACGACGAGAGUCCAUGGCAGAAAGUAUUAAAGAUGAAAAUACACCAUCCGCAUCAAAGCCUGCUUCGUUAAUAGAGAGGGUAAAAGAUGAAAAGUCCCCUGCUCCUUCCGCAGAGCCCUCACGACCAGAAUCCGUUGCUGAAAGUAUAAAGGAAGAAAAGUCUUCACUCGCAUCAAAACCUGCAUCGGCAGGAGAAAGUGUAAAGGAUGUAAAAUCCGCUGAUCCUUCUGCAGAGCCCUCACGUCGAGAGUCCAUGGCAGAAAGUAUUAAAGAUGAAAAGUCACCACUCGCUUCAAAGCCUACUUCAGCAGUAGAGAGUGUGAAAGAUGAAAAAUCUGCUGCUCCAUCUGCAGAACCCUCACGCCCAGAGUCUGUGGCUGCAAGUAUUAAAGAUGAUAAAUCACCACUCGCUUCAAAGCCUGCAUCAGCUGCCGAGAGUAUAAGAGAUGAAAAAUCGCAUGUUGCUUCCAAAGAAAUUUCUCGAUCAGAAUCACCAACAGCUUCCAUAGAUAUUGUUCGUGUGGAAGCCAAGGAUGAAAUUGAUACUGCUUCAUCUCCUGUGGAUCGAGCGCCAAUAAAAAUGGAAGAUCUGCAGUUGGCAUUAAACUUGGAAAGUGCGAAGUUAGAUGCCAAACUACCAACGAAGUCAAGCCCUGUAGAUGUAGCAGACGGACAUUUCCCCGAUGCCGCAAUUGAACCCAGCAAAAUAGCUGAUCUAAGAAGUGCACCAGCAGAAAGUGCUGUCCUAAGUGUUACAGACACAGUUUCAAGUCCCGUAGACGAAGCUAAAGAUUUAAUUGAUAUCAGUAAUGUUAGACAGGCAGUUACAACAGUCUUUGAUGAUACACUCGAUGUCCUCGGAAAAGAGUUAAAGGAUGCAGCUGAAAAACUUGAAGACGACGCUAAAAUUGAAAAAACUGACUCCGAAGCAAGCGCUAUUGUCACCGAUACAAAACAGGCAACUGAAAAAUUAGUAAGAGCAACCGCAGAGGAAGCUAUUAAGAAGAUUGAUAAAAUAACCGAAGAAGUUGAAAGCAAGUUAAAGGUGGCAGUUGAAGAAACAAUUGAGAUCACUGAAGAAGUUACUAAAGUCGCAGACGAAUAUACUAAAAUAACUGAAGUCCGAAAAGAGGCAAUGGCUGAUGAAGUUAAGACGGUAGCAGAGGAAUUUGUUGAAAAAAUUGAAGCUAUAAGCGAGGUUGUUGAAGAUAAAGCAGUGACUACAAUCGAAGAAAUUAGCAAGGCUACAAAAAUCGCUAAAGAGACAGUUAAAGAUGAAGCUAAAUUAGUGGAAGAAAAGACUGAGGCUGUAAUUAAGAAAACUUCAAAGGCUAUCAGCGAUGUAAUAGAAGAUGUAACAACAUCAGUUACAGAAGAUACAGUUAAGAAAGUUGAAGAUAUUGCACAUAUAGUUGAAGAUAAAGGAAAGGUUAUAUUCGCUGAAGCUGCUAAAACUGCUGGCGAAAUAACCGAAAAGGUAACAGCUAAAGCAGAAAGUGGUUUUGAAGACACCACCAAAGCAGUCGGAGAACUCAAGGAUACAGUUGAAGAUAAAACAGAAGCAGUAUUAGAUGAAUACGUAAAGAAAGUUGAAGAAGUUGCUGAAAAAUCUGAUGAUGAUAAGAUCAAGUUUGUAACCGAGACUUUAGAUAAGGAACUUGUAGCAGAAAAGGUGGAAGUAACGGCACAAGAAGCCGUUAAAAAAUUAGAUGAAACAACAAAGUCGAUUGGCGAAGCUCUCCUUAAAACAGGAAAAAAACUUGAAGAUUUCACUAGCCUUACAGCAGAGAAACAUAAAACUGUAGUCGAAGAUAUAACACAGAAGUUUGGUGAAAUGUCUCAAGUUGUCGAAGACAAGACGAAACCCGUAACAGAAGAAGUCACCAAAAAAGUCGAAGAGGUAGAAACAGCGGCUGAGGAGAAAACGAAAGCUAUCGCUUCAGAGGCUGGAGAGACAGCUGAAGAAAUAUCCAAGCAGGCGACUGAUGCUCAAUACUUCGCUGUUGAUAAGGCAAAACUAGCUCCCGAAGAAAUCUCAGAAAAGGUAACUCCAGUAACCGAAAUAAUCGAAGAUGCGCAAAAGACAACAGAAGAAACUGUGCAAGCUGCUUCUCAGGUUUUAGCAGACAAAAUUUUUGUUGUAUCAGAGGUAGCCGAUGACAGAAUUAAAGUUGUUAUAGACGGUGUAGAUAAACUGAUUGACGACUCAAAGUCUACUACAGUCGAGGUUACCACAGCGGUUACUACCACGGUUGAUAAUAUUAAAACCGAUAUUUCCACAGGCAUAACUGGAUUCAUUAAAGAUGUCAAGACCAGCAUAUUCGACACUGUAGAGAAAAAACAUGAGGAGGUAAAGGAAAUUUCGAAAGAAUUAGCAAAAACUGAACAAAUCGAACUGGAGUCUUUGCCAGUUACUACUAAACUACCCCUUGAGCUGACCACAUACUCCACCGAAUUAAGAGAAACACAUAUUACAACGGUAGAAUCGCCAGAAUUCAAAGUGAUGAUGACCGAACGCGAUGAAACCAUACUUCACGACAUAAAGGAAGAGGAGGAAGAGCACAGAAUAUCGCCACCCACCACAAAACCGGCAAUAUGCAGUGAACAGCCCUUACGUCCAGUUUCACCCCGUGAGGAAGAGGUCGCCAAAAUAGUAGCCGAUGUUGCCAAGGUUUUGAAAUCUGAAAAAGAUAUAACUGAAAUCAUUCCCGAUUUCGAUGAAGAAAAGUUGGUACAGCGUUUGAAAACGCCAGAAGAAGCAGAGCCAGAAACCACAACAGUACAAAGAAUGUUGGUAACUGCCAGUAGUGAAGAUGGUGGAGAAGAAAUAGACAUUUGUCCAAAAGGCAGUAUUGUUUUUAUGCCGACCAUGGCUCCCGAAACUAUACCAGAAAGAGUUUCUACAAUUAAACCACUAGACAUAGACUACCAGCACUACACUGAAGACUCUGCCGCGGAUGAAUCAGAAAAGUCUUCCCCUGAACUGCGGUCGGGUCCAAUAUCAAUUGAAGAAAAAGACAAAAUUGAAGAGUCCGAAAAAGAGCUGCGUAAGGAAGCAGCAACUAAGGCUAAAAAAGACGAACAAAUUGAGGAAAUUGCCGAAUCUCGUCUAGAGUCAGUUUUAUCGACUGCAGAAAGCCAGAAAGGCGAUAAGUCACCAGUAACUUCCAAAGAACCGUCACGAUCAGAAUCUGUUUGUAGCACUAAGGACGAGAAGAUUGAAGAAACUGGUGAAUCUCGUCGUGAAUCAGUUUUAUCGACGGCUGAAAGCAAGAAGGAAGAAACGAUUGAAACACGUCGAGAGUCAGUUUUGUCGACUACUAAAAGUACCAAGGAAGAAAGUGUUGAAUCUCGACGUGAGUCAAUUUUGUCGACUGCAGAAAGCAAGAAAGACGAUAAGUCACCUGCAGCUUCUAAGGAACCGUCACGACCAGAAUCCGUUUGUAGCACUAAAGACGAGAAGAUUGAAGAAACUUUUGAGUCCCGUCGUGAGUCAGCUCUGUCGGCUGCUGAAAUCAAGAAAGAUGACAAGCACCACACUAAAGCCAAAGAUGAAGAAACUGCCGAAUCUCGUCGUGAGUCAGUUUUGUCGUCUGCCGAAAGUAAGAUGGAAGAAGCGAUAGAAUCCCGUCGUGAGUCAGUUUUAUCGACUGCAGAAAGCAAGAAAGACGAUAAGUCACCUGCAGCUUCUAAGGAACCGUCCCGACCAGAAUCUGUUUGUAGCACUAAGGACGAGAAGAUUGAAGAAACUGUUGAAUCCCGUCCAGAAAGUAAGAAAGACGAUAAGUCACCAGUAACUUCCAAGGAACCGUCCCGACCAGAAUCUGUUUCUAGCACUAAAGAAGAAAAGAUUGAAGAAACUGCCGAAUCUCGUCGUGAGUCAGUUUUGUCGUCUGCCGAAAGUAAGAAGGAAGAAGCGAUAGAAUCCCGUCGAGAGUCAGUUUUGUCGACUGCAGAGAGCAAGAAAGACGAUAAGUCACCUGCAGCUUCCAAUGAACCGUCACGACCAGAAUCUGUUUGUAGCAUAAGGACGAGAAGAUUAAAGAAACCGCUGAGUCCCGUCGCAUCACGACCAGAAUCUGUCAGCAGUAAAGACGAGAAAAUUGGAGAAUCUGCUGAAUCCCGUCGUGAAUCAGUUUUGUCAUCUGCCGAAAGUAAGAAGGAAGAAGCCAUAGAAUCCCGUCGUGAGUCAGUUUUGUCGACUGCAGAAAGCAAGAAAGGCGAUAAGUCACCUGCAGCUUCUAAGGAACCGUCACGACCAGAAUCCGUUUGUAGCACUAAGGACGAAAAGAUUGAAGAAACUGUUGAAUCCCGUCGUGAGUCAGUUUUGUCGACUGCAGAAAGCAAGAAAGAUGAUUCGUCACCUGUUGUAUCCAAGGAACCAUCACCACCAGAAUCUGUUCUCAGCACUAAGGAUGAGAAAAUUGAAAAAACUGCUGAAUCUCGCCGUGAAUCAGUUUUGUCGACAGCAGAAAGUAAGAAAGACGAUAAGUCCCCAAUAACUUCCAAGGAACCGUCGCGACCAGAAUCUGUUUGUAGCACUAAGGACGAGAAGAUUGAAGAAACUGUUGAAUCCCGUCGUGAGUCAGUUUUGUCGACUGCAGAAAGCAAGAAGGAAGAAGCGAUAGAAUCCCGUCGUGAGUCAGUUUUGUCAUCUGCCGAAAGUAAGAAGGAAGAAGCGAUAGAAUCCCAUCGUGAGUCAGUUUUGUCGACUGCAGAAAGCAAGAAAGUCAACAACUGCACUUCUAAGGAACCGUCACGACCAGAAUCCGUUUGUAGCACUAAGGACAAAAUUGAAGAAACUGUUGAAUCCCGUCGUGAGUCAGUUUUGUCGACUGCAGAAAGCAAGAAAGGCGAUAAGUCACCUGCAGCUUCUAAGGAACCGUCACGACCAGAAUCCGUUUGUAGCACUAAGGACGAAAAGAUUGAAGAAACUGUUGAAUCCCGUCGUGAGUCAGUUGUGUCGACUGCAGAAAGCAAGAAAGAUGAUUCGUCACCUGUUGUAUCCAAGGAACCAUCACCACCAGAAUCUGUUCUCAGCACUAAGGAUGAGAAAAUUGAAAAAACUGCUGAAUCUCGCCGUGAAUCAGUUUUGUCGACAGCAGAAAGUAAGAAAGACGAUAAGUCCCCAAUAACUUCCAAGGAACCGUCGCGACCAGAAUCUGUUUCUGGCACUAAAGACGAGAAGAUUGAAGAAACUGCUGAAUCCCGUCGUGAAUCAGUUCUGUCGGCUGCAGAAAGCAAGAAAGACGAUAAGUCACCAAUAACUUCCAAAGAACCAUCACGACCAGAAUCUGUCGUCAGCAGUAAAGAAGAGCAUAUUGAAGAAACUGCCGAAUCUCGUCGUGAGUCAGUUUUGUCGACUGCAGAAAGCAAGAAAGACGAUAAGUCACCUGCAGCUUCUAAGGAACCGUCACGAGCAGAAUCUGUCGCCAGCACUGAAGACGAGAAGAUUGAAGAAACUUUUGAGUCCCGUCGUGAGUCAGUUUUGUCGACUGCAGAAAGCAAGAAAGAUGAUUCGUCACCUGUUGUAUCCAAGGAACCAUCACCACCAGAAUCUGUUCUCAGCACUAAGGAUGAGAAAAUUGAAAAAACUGCUGAAUCUCGCCGUGAAUCAGUUUUGUCGACAGCAGAAAGUAAGAAAGACGAUAAGUCACCAGUAACUUCCAAGGAACCGUCGCGACCAGAAUCUGUUUCUGGCACUAAAGAAGAGCAUAUUGAAGAAACUGUUGAACUCCGUCGUGAGUCAGUUUUGUCGAUUGCAGAAAGCAAGAAAGAUGAUUCGUCACCUGCUGUUUCCAAGGAACCAUCACGACCAGAAUCUGUCGUCAGCAGUAAAGACGAGAAAAUUGAAGAAACUGCCGAAUCUCGUCGUGAGUCAGUUUUGUCGACUGCAGAAAGCAAGAAAGACGAUAAGUCACCUGCAGCUUCUAAGGAACCGUCACGAGCAGAAUCUGUCGCCAGCACUGAAGACGAGAAGAUUGAAGAAACUUUUGAGUCCCGUCGUGAGUCAGUUUUGUCGACAGUAGAAAGUAAGAAGAAAGAAGCGGUUGAAUCCCGUCAUGAAUCAGUUUUGUCAUCUGCCGAAAGUAAGAAAGAAGAAACUGCUGAAUCUCCUUCAAAGGAACCGUCACGAGCAGAAUCUGUCGGCAGCACUGAAGCGAGAAGAUUGAAGAAAGAAGCGGUUGAAUCCCGUCAUGAAUCAGUUUUGUCAUCUGCCGAAAGUAAGAAAGAAGAAACUGCUGAAUCUCGUCGUGAGUCAGUUUGGUCGGCUGCAGAAAGCAAGAAAGAUGAUAAGUCACUUGCAGCUUCAAAGGAACCAUCACGAGCAGAAUCUGUCGUCAGCACUGAAGACGAGAAGAUUGAAGAGACUGGUGAAAGUCGCCGUGAGUCAGUUUUGUCGGCUGAAGAAAGCAAGAAAGAUGAUAAGUCGCUUGCAGCUUCAAAGGAACCGUCACGAGCAGAAUCUGUCGGCAGCACUGAAGGCGAGAAGAUUGAAGAAACUGCUGAAUCCCGUCGUGAAUCAGUUUUGUCAUCUGCCGAAAGUAAGAAGGAAGAAGCGAUAGAAUCCCGUCGUGAGUCAGUUUUAUCGACUGCAGAAAGCAAGAAAGACGAUAAGUCACCUGCAGCUUCUAAGGAACCGUCCCGACCUGAAUCUCUCGUUAGCACUGAAGACGAGAAGAUUGAAGAAACUGCUGAAUGUCGCCAUGAAUCAGUUUUGUCAACAGUAGAAAGUAAGAAGGAAGAAGCGGUUGAAUCCCGUCGUGAAUCAGUUUUGUCAUCUUCAAAAAUUAAGAAGGAAGAAACGGUUGAAUCCCGUCAUGAGUCAGUUUUGUCGGCUGCAGAAAGCAAGAAAGAUGACAAAUCGCCAGUAACUUCCAAGGAACCAUCACGACCAGAAUCUGUCGUCGGCAGUAAAGAUGAGAAAAUUGGAGAAGCUGCUGAAUCCCGUCGUGAAUCAGUUUUGUCAUCUGCCGAAUGCAAUAAGGAAGAAACUGCUGAGUCUCGUCGCGAAUCAGUUUUGUCGGCUGCAGAAAGCAAGAAAGACGAUAAGUCACCAAUAACUUCCAAAGAACCAUCACGACCAGAAUCUGUCGUCAGCAGUAAAGAAGAGCAUAUUGAAGAAACUGUUGAAUUCCGUCGUGAGUCAGUUUUGUCGGUUGCAGAAAGCAAGAAAGAUGAUUCGUCGCCUGUUGUUUCCAAGGAACCAUCACGACCAGAAUCUGUCGUCAGCAGUAAAGACGAGAAAAUUGGAGAAGCUGCUGAAUCCCGCCGUGAAUCAGUUUUGUCAUUUGCCGAAAGUAAGAAAGAAGAAGCGAUAGAAUCCCGUCGUGAGUCAGUUUUAUCGACUGCAGAAAGCAAGAAAGACGAUAAGUCACCUGCAGCUUCUAAGGAACCGUCCCGACCAGAAUCUGUUUCUAGCACUAAAGACGAGCAUAUUAAAGACACUGUUGUAUCCUGUCGUGAAUCAGUUUUGUCGACAGUAGAAAGUAAGAAGGAAGAAGCGGUUGAAUCCCGUCAUGAAUCAGUUUUGUCAUCUACAGAAAUUAAGAGGGAAGAAACUGUUGAAUCUCGUCGUGAGUCAGUUUUGUCGGCAGCAGAAAGCAAGAAAGAUGAUAAGUCACCUGUUACUUCCAAGGAACCUUUACGACCUGAAUCUGUUGCUAGCACCAAGGGCGAGAAGAUUGGAAAUACUGGGGAAAUUGGAGGUGCUUCAGAUUUGUCGUCAAUUGAAGUAAAAGAAGUGAAAGCUGCCAAAGAGGAAAAAGUUUUAGAAUCCGCAAAUAUUCAUAUAAUUACGAUGGGAGGAAGGACUUCAGCAGUAACAAGAUCAGUGGAUAGUGAAAUCUUUACUCAAAAGGAAGAACUAAAAAACGCUUUCCUAGCGGACUCUGAAUCUAGGUUCGCUCAAACAGCAUUAGAUGAAAAGGGUGCUGACUCGUUCACAACUUCUGAAUCCAUAUCCUCUUCAACGGAAAUAUCAACCCCUGUUAGUAAGUCAAUAGAUUCAUCCAUUCGAACACAUCUGCCUGAGGAGUCUCAUAGUGAAUACAUGAAUAGUGUUAAAGUGGAAGAUGGUUCCUCCAGAGAGUGCCUUUCCAGUUUUGUUGCAAGCAAAUAUGAUCGUAAAAUAAGCGAUGAUAAAAAGCUUGAGGAGUCCUUCGUGAAGACUAUGAAAACUGAAGUGCUCACCCAAGCGGAGGAGUCCAUGACACAUUCAGAGGAAUGUUCUUCAGAGUCGAUAAUUAGUGAAAUUCAAACCAGCGAUAUGACAACACAAAAGGUAGAUGCUCGCACUACGCUCAAAACUGCCACCCAAAGUGAAACUGUGGUCUUAGACAGUAAAGAAAUACUCAAAGACACCGUGGCUGAGUUCUUGGCUGUAGAGAAAAUUGUUUCAGCGAAGGAUAGCUUUGUAAGCGAUACAAAAACUACAAAAUCUUCAGGUGAAAGCUUAGAUAAGACUAUAAAAACAACAACAACACAAUCGACUACAGGAUCUCGAAGAACAUCUGAUUUAGUGGCAAGCAUGAAAGAUAGUUCGCGAAGAGAAUCCGAAUUCAGCCAAACAAGCGAAGGACGGCACACACACAGUGAUCACGAAGACGAAGAGGAAGAUGAGGGUCUAAUUAGCAUGAAGGAGGGACGUUCUAAAUCUAUAGCGACAAUUAUGAUGACCAGCAUUUAUAAACCCUCCGAGGACAUAGACACCUUUGAGAAACUAGAAGAAGAGGAAAGUGAAGAGCAUGCUGAGUAUAUUGAAUCAGCCAAAUCGACUGUCACCAAAACAACAACUACUGCGCACAAGCCAAGUGAACAAGUUAGUGGCGUGGGUUCCGAGAUCAAAUCGAAAAUAUCAACACAAUUGGAAACCAUAAUCUUAACGCAACCACUCGAGAGUGAUCCAAAGACACCACCCACUGCACCAGUGAGCCCUGGCAUAAGACACACCACAACUGGCGCAAGUACUGUAGUCACCACUACAACAACAUUAAGUGAAACUUGCGGCAGCAGUGCAGCUUCAGUUAGUGGACCACUCUCACCAAGGGAUAUUAGCGGUAAGUCGAGUCCCGGUGCACUCACGUCUGAAAGUCAAUCAUUACCAACACCUUUUGGUCGCGGUUCUCUUACAGAUGCGUCCGAAUCGUCGCCAAAGCCCACUUCGCCAUUCCCACGUGUAAGCAAAGAAGAGUUGAAAUCAGCCAGCUCCGCUGUCAGCGAGGCCGUUAGCUCUAGUACCUUUGCGACACAAGAGUACAGCGAGAGCGUGCUCCCAGAUUUACAUGAGCUACGCGGAAUUGAAAAGACAACUGCGCUUAGUGGUAGCACUGAAAAAAUAAUCACAACAACUAUUACAACCGUAACCAAAGUGAUAUCUAGCGAUGGCAAGGAAAUCGUUAUGGAAGAGAAGACAGUUACCACCACAGAUACCACAGAGCCAGAUGGCGAGAAGGUGACUGUAACCACCACACGCACUACCAGCGAAAGUGACAAGGGCGAUCAUAUAUUACCCAAGGAGGUGGCGUUGCUGCGCGGCGCAUACCGUUCUUCCACACCCGGCAGUGAUGACGAACGCAUGACUGGUGCUUACAUGAGUGAUGAAGAGCUACCCGCAUCGCCACGCAGCCUUGCCUCAUCACAUGGUGCAAGCUAUGAAUUACAACGAUCCAGCUCGGGCGUGAGUAAACGCUCCGACUUUGAUGUGGACGACAGCCAAGAUGAUAUACCGCCACAAUAUGGCAGCGAAGAACACUCUGCCGCCCGCGCUGUAUCCUCAACCAUCAGCUGUCUGCAAAAGAUCGCCGAUCCAAUGAGCACUUCAUUCUAUGGCGCAUUGCCCGAUAGUUUCGACACCAAACCAACCGCACCCAUACCUAUAUGCGGUACCACCACGCGUACCGUCACCACGCGCACAUAUGUAGCCGACUCACCUGCAAGUCAAUCCACGGAGAGCAUCGAAAGCACUAGCCAAACCUCAGCCAGCCGUCAAGUAAUCAGCGGCGGAACACGCGCCAGCGUUGACAGUGAUGAUCACAAAUUCCUCGAAGAAGCUGACAUGGAUUUCGAAAAGGCGCUCGAAGAGCAUGUUCAAGUACGUGGCGCAGAUGUUAUGUCUUCAGUUACCGCCAAAUAUUCUUAUUCGCCCUCCAAAGCGGAAGAGGUAGAGCAUAGUGUGGCCAGCGUUGAGAAACCAAAAUUCCCGUUAGUCGAUGUACAGAAAACACGCUUCACCGAAACCGGCACCACUGUAACUAGCAGCAGCACUCACACCAGCAGCACGGUCGAAAGCGCAACUGAAAGCAAAGAUGGCAAGACAACAACUACUACAACCACAACAACCACUAGUAGUGCUGAAGGCGCAGGCGCAACUGCUUUCGGCACAGCUGCAAGUGAGACCGCAACAACCACCAUCACAACGUCAUCAAGCGCUACCGGAGCACUGCCUAAAGACCCACUAAAGGAAUGGGGCAAACCAUUGGGUCUGCCAUCACCCGCACCGCUACCCAUUGAGGGUGAUGUGCGCACCACACCGAAAAAGGAGCGUCGUUUAGUGGCCACUAAGACACGUUUAAACAACGAAAAGAAUCUGCGCAAACGUUCAGAGUCACCCAAUAAGGCCAAGAAGCCGGCGCCCGUUUAUGUGGAUCUCACCUACGUACCACACAAUGGCAAUUCCUACUACUCGCACGUCGAAUUCUUCAAGCGUGUACGCGCGCGUUACUAUGUCUUCUCCGGCACCGAACCCAGCCGUCAAGUGUACGAUGCGCUGUUGGAGGCUAAACAAACAUGGGAGGACAAGGACUUGGAGGUCACCAUAAUACCCACAUACGAUACGGAUGUACUAGGCUAUUGGGUUGCUGAGAAUGAGGAGCUUUUGGCCAAAUAUCGUAUCGAUUUAUCGCCUUCAGCAUCGCGUUGCACAAUCAACUUGCAGGAUCACGAAACAUCAUGCGCCGCCUAUCGCUUGGAGUUCUAGGCCACGGGGAUGUUUAUCUCAUUCGCCGAUGCCGAAAAUCUGAUACAACUCUAUAACUGAAAGCUUAACUCUACUAAAUACUUUAAGUACUAAAACAUAAGAACUAAAUACAAAAAUAAAAAUAAAAAAUCAAACAAACUAAAAUGGCAAUGAAGCUUUUGACCGAACAUCAAUCGUGAAGCUUUUUAUGAAAAAAAGGUAAAGCUUGUAACAAACGAACAAGCAAAUAAUAGCAACACAUGAAAGCUUUAAUGGCUGAAAUUCGCAUGUAGGCGCGGUAAGUGUGCGCAUUUAAACAGCCGCUGCAAAGUGCAACAGCCAGUGAGAGCUUUCACGCUUCAAAGGUCCACAACUCAGCGUCGCAACACAAGAGCAUAUACAAAAGGUUGACAUACCUGUUGAAGAAACCAAAACACAAAUGCAUACAUAAUAUAAAACGGAAAAUCUAUAACUGCGAAAAUGGAAUGAGUGAAGGUUUUACAGAGCUUUGCGCUUAUAUAAAUAAGUACGCAGCUUUUGCUUACUUUUUAUGAAACGAGAGUUAUUAGCAUAGCAGACAUAAGCAUAAUUAUGGCGGAGUUUUUGGUGUACUACACGAGAUUUUGCAAUUGGAAAAAAUUUAGUGUAGCGCCAUUUUGUUUAUUGAUGCCGCUUUUUAUGCGAAGUCUCGGAAGGCAAUAAAACAUAAAAAGAAACUGUCAACGUAAAACAGUGCAAAUGAAUUGUAAUUUUAUGGAAAAUGGUAAUUACAGUAAUUAAAUGCAUAUUUGUUGAAGAUAUUUAAUUACAUAAAAGAGAAAUAUAUGCACGUACACAUUGCCCGAUUCAUAUAAAGAUGUAAAUGACUCUAUAAGAAAACCAAAAUCUUAAAAAAAUACAAGAAACGAGCGGUAAAAGAGAAGAAAUAAUAAAACACUAAAAACAAGAUAUCAAGACAUAAUAUAAAGCGAAUAAAAGAAUAAAAUUGAGAAGAGCAAAUAUUAAGAGCGUUGAAGAGACAAGAUUGCUAAAAAAAAAGUCAAAGGAGAAAUAAAAAGUUUUAAAUAAUUAAAAAGAAACUUCAAAAUAUGGUUAAUGGUUAUUUUAAUAAUUAUUUGAAUAAUAAUAACAAAUAAUAAAAGUAAUUAGAACUAUAUUUAUUAAAUAUAUCCAGAACUGAAACAAAAAAAGUUGUCAAUGAAACUGAAAAAAUAUAAAAUGUUUUUUUAACCAAAUCAAAAAAAAAAAUAAUGAAAUGACCUUAAAAAUAAUUUAAAAAUGGGUGGAAAAAAGGAAAU